AUGGGAAAUAAAUUAAAAAAAAACCCAAAAGACUUCUGUCAAUCACAUUCAAUUUCUUUUAUCUAUCUAUCUAUCUCAUUCAUAUCUAUCUCAUUUCAUUCAUAUCUAUCAAUAUAUACCUAUAUUAAUCUAUUCAUACCUAUGUACCUACCUAUCUCAUUCUAUUCAUAUCUAUCUAUCUAUCUAUCUAUCUAUCUAUCUAUCUAUCUAUCUAUCUAUCUAUCUAUCUCUCCCUCGAGCUAUCUGUUCAUAUCUAUCUAUCUAUCUAUCUAUCUAUCUAUCUAUCUAUCAAACUAUUAUUAUCUAGCUUUUGAACUUUCGCUCUCCCUAACUAUCAGUUCACAUCUAUCUAUCUAUCUAUCUAUCUAUCUAUCUAUCUAUCUAUCUAUCUAUCUAUCAGAAAGUUAUUAUUUAGCUAGUGGGCUCUCGCUCUCUCUCUCUCUCUCUGUGCCUCAAUCUGACAGACUGCUUUUAUCUAUCAAUUGGGCUUUUGCUCUCCAUCUAUCUAUCCCCCUAGCUACCUGUUCCUAUCUAUCUAUCUAUCUAUCUAUCUAUCUAUCUAUCUAUCUAUCUAUCUAUCUAUGUUUACGAUUAUCUAUCAAUCUAUCUCCAUUCCUAUCUAUCUAUCUAUCUAUCUAUCUGUUCGGAAAAUUUUUAUUUCAGUCUGCCUAUGCAACCAGAUGCCUACUCCAUGCGAGUAAAAGUAAAAUCCUAUGA